AAUACUACAGUUUCGUCUCUAUAAAAAAAAAUUCAAGGAGACUUUGAGGCCUUAUGAUGUAAAGGAUGUGAUAGAGCAAUACUCAGCAGGGCAUCUUGAUAUGCUUUCCAGAAUAAAAUAUCUUCAGGCAAGAGUAGAUAUGAUUUUUACACCUGGACCUCCAUCUACUCCCAAGCAUAAGAAAUCCCAAAAGGGAGGAGCUUUUUCUUACCCUUCACAACAGUCUCCCAGAAAUGAUCCAUAUGUAGCCAAAGCAUCUACAGCAGAUACUGAAGACCAAAGUAUGAUGGGCAAAUUUGUUAAAGUUGAACGACAGGUUAAUGACAUGGGGAAGAAACUGGAUUUUCUUGUUGAUAUGCAUAUGCAUCAUAUGGAACAGCUGCAAAUACAAGUCGCUGAGAUAAGUCCCUUGAAAGAAACUGCUUCUCCUGCAAAGGAGAAGAGAGAAGAAAACAAAUACUCUGAAUUAAAAACAAUAAUAUAUAAAUACACUGAGCAGUGUGCUCAUGAAACUCCUUACAACUUCCAGCAGGUUCCAGUCAAUAAAGUCAGUCCUUAUGGUUUCUCAGAACAUGGUCACAUGACUCAUUCACAACCUUUAUCAAUAGGUGGGCAAAACUCUGGCAAACUGCAGGCCACACCUUCCUCAACUUCAUAUGCAGAAAGGCCAACAGUUUUGCCUAUAUUUACAUUAAUAGACUCCCAAGUUAGCUACCACUCUCAAGGAGACCUGCAAAGCCCUUACUCAGAUAAGGUGUCUCCAAGGCAGAGAAGGAGCUUAACAAGAGACAGCGAUACUCCAUUGUCCCUUCUCUCCGUCAACCAUGAGGAACUUGAGCGCUCCCCAAGUGGCUUCAGUAUCUCCCAAGACAGAGAUGACUUCCCGUUUGGCCCCAACGGUGGAUCAGCAUGGAUGAGAGAGAAACGCUACCUAGCAGAGGGGGAAACAGACACAGACACCGACCCUUUUACACCAAGUGGCUCCAUGCCUUUGUCUUCUACAGGAGAUGGGAUUUCAGAUUCAAUAUGGACCCCUUCAAAUAAGCCAGUUUAAAAAUGCGUGUGGGGGCAGUCACUGGUUGACUUCUCCAUGUAAUGUAAGCAUACUUUGUAUAUCUCACUUACUCUACACCCAAAGCUUACUAGUUCAAAACACCAAUGGCUGCAUAAGAUGCAUGUGAUAUUAGUGGUAGUCAUUCUGCACCAUUUCAUACAAUUUACUAAUGCAGUUUUUUUCAUGCUACCAAAACUAAGAAGCUUAGUUUUGAGCAUGGUUUGCAUGACUUUACCCUAUAUAAAUGGUACAGCUGAUUUCUUCUAUGAUACAUAUCUAUCUGAUACUCUUCAAUACAACAAUGGUGAACUGAUAACAGGCAAGAUAUGGUGGUCCUUGCUACGUUUUAUAAACAGAGCAGCAAAGUAAAAAUAUUUUCAGGA